AUGUGGAAGUCUGAAUUUGUGCGUCUCGCAGCACUGCCAACUUCUACGAGUUUUCUCAUCGCCUCAGAACUUACUAUCAUCUCUGAUCGCCUUUGUGUUCUUUGGACGUCCACCCGAGACAUUAUUUUAAGGAAAUCCAACUUUCCUUGUAAACACCGAUAUGGCUUGAAGUUUGAUAUGAAGCAUUUAGUCUUUUUGAUCUUUCUAGCUGGUGAUAUCGCUACCAAUCCAGGUCCCACUAUGACUACGCAGUCAGGACAUCUAACCGACAUUCAAUCAACUCGAAUACCCCAACGUCCGCCCACCUAUGGUGAUAACUCUCUAAUACCCAACCCUGGUCCAUCCAUAACUCCUAAUCAAUAUCCGAGGCGAGAAAAGGUGGAUGGAAAAUUCUUAGCAAAAUGCCUCGUUGUUAACGCUCGUAGUCUGUUGAGUGUUAAUAAGAAAGACGGUAAGCAAACAUGUCACUUGUCUAACUUUCAAGAUCUCGUUUAUUCUGAAGAAGCAGAUCUUGUCUGGGUAACUGAAACAUGGUUGAGGGAUGAUAUUGAAAGUUCUGAAAUUCUUCCGUGGGGCUACACUAUUUACAGAAAAUACCGUAAAUCACGCGCUGGUGGAGUUCUACUCGCUGUUAAGUCGUGCUCUUUUUCAACAUCUCGCGAAAUCAAUUUUGACACCGACCUAGAACUGGUCACGGUUGAGCUAACUUCGAAGUCGAACUCGAAAUAUCUGUUAUGCUGUUGCUACAAGUCCCAACAAAAUGUGAACAGUCAAUGGCUGGGAAAAUUUAACCUCUUCCUCACCAAGUCUUGUUCCCAAUAUUCGAACAUGCUUAUAUGCGGCGAUUUUAAUUUCCCGAAGAUCUCCUGGAAAUCUCUGGAACUAACAACAGGUGUUGAUGAAGUGCAAUUCACUGAACAAUUGUAUGAUUGCCACCUAACGCAGCUGAAUACAUUUCCGACACGAGGGAAUAAUGUACAGAUCUUGUCAUUACCAAUGUUCCUAGUCAAGUAGAGAAUGUAUCGGUACUUACCUCAGCUGAAAGUGGAUUAAUAACUGACCACUCCACAAUUGUUUUCAAUCUGAAAACAUCUGUCAAAGCAGCUCCCAAACUCAAACGUAGAGUUUUUGACUACAAAAGAGGGAACUUUGAUGGACUAAGGGCUGCACUAGAAGCACUUGACUUAUGUUCUGCGAUUGAGUCGGAAGUGAAUGUCCAAGGAUGGAUGAAAUGGAAAGAGCUAUUUCUUAAAGCAGCACAUGAGAACAUUCCUACUAAAACAAUCAAAAACAUUAAUAGUCCCCCUUGGAUUAAUGCGGAAAUAAUUCAUGCAAUUCAGAAAGAGGAAACUGCGCGACGAAAACUUAAAUCAUUUCCGACUGAUGCUUUAAGGAAUAAAUUUAGGGAACUACGUUCUAAAGUUAAACAAUUAAUCUCGGAGUGCAAAGCUCGCUUCUUUGAAACCUUGGAGGACGAUCCGCAUAACAACUCCAAGAGGUUUUGGUCUCUUUUCAAACCAAAGACUCCAGCGUGCCAGGAAAAGUCUCGAUGGGAGUAGGUGGAUCGGACCCGACCUCAGUUCAGUCAACAUCCUGCCUUCGUGACAUUGUAGAGCUUUUCAAUGUGUAUUUUUCAUCUGUUCUAAACGGCAACGACAAUCCAAUUGAUUCAAUAACUCCUCCCUCAACUACCGGUUGCGAAUCUACUCUGUCUGAAUUGAAUCUUUGCCUCGACGACGUUUUAAUUGUUCUUCUAAACCUUGAUACCAACAAAGCAACAGGCCCUGACGGUAUACCUCCCAGAGUUCUAAAAGAAACUGCCCAUCAAAUUGCUCCAUCGUUAUGUUCUCUAUUUAAUCGAUCUCUCAAUAGUGGCUCUUUACCAGAGGAAUGGAAACUGGCUAACAUCAUACCAGUUUUCAAGAAUGGAGACAAAACCCACGUUGAGAACUAUCGUCCGAUUUCACUCCUCUGCAUCGUAUCGAAAGUCCUCGAGCGCUGCGUGCUGAGCAAGCUGCGUGAUCACCUGUUGGAACUAAUUAACACCUCACAACAUGGAUUUAUCCCAGGCAGAUCAUGUACCACCCAGCUAGUUGAGGUGCUCAAUUCCCUUGGUUCCCUAUUAGACUCGGGUAAACAAACAGAUGUCAUUUUCAAGGACAUGUCUAAGGCCUUCGACAAGGUCAGUCACGCUGCGCUUAUCGCCAAACUUGAAAGAUACAAUAUCAGUGGAUCUCUGCUUGAUUGGUUUUCUUCUUAUCUAUAUAAUCGUCGACAGCGCGGGCGUUACUACUCUUGGUGCAACUUCUUCUGA